AUGUCGCGCCCUGGUACUACUCUCUAUGUCACCGGCUUCGGGCACGGCACUCGAGCUCGCGACUUAGCCUACGAAUUCGAACGAUAUGGUCGCCUUGUUCGUUGUGACAUCCCGGCCCCGCGUACGCCCUCUAGCAGACUGUUUGCAUUCGUCGAAUAUGAAAGCCGCCGUGACGCCGACGAUGCCUAUCACGAAAUGCACAACAAACGGAUUGGCAGAGAUGAUUUGCUGAAAAUUGAAUGGGCCCGAACUCCUCCAUCGGCCUCGUGGCGUUUCGACUCUGGUCGUGACCGUCGCCGUGACCGUACUCCUCCUCGCCGUGGUCGUUCCCCAUCCCCGCGCCGGGGUCGAAGUGACUAUUCGCCUCGUCGGGACGAUAGGUACGAGCGAGAGUUUGAACGGCCUGAUCGAGACUACGAGCGCCGUGAUCGCGACUACGAGCGCCGUGAUCGCGACUAUGACCGCCGUGAUCGCGAGCGCGAGCGCUCUCGUGAUCGCUCCCGCAGCCCUGAUGACAGAGAACGUGACAUCAAAGAUGAUAGGGAUCGCCGUGAUGAUGAUCGUGAAAGACGCGAAGACGAGCGCGAAAAUGGUCCAAAUGGCGAGGAUAGAAAAGCUUCCCUGGACCCUUUAACUUCUGUCCAUGACGAGCUCGACACCGCCGAGUAG